AAUGUCCGCCUAUCUGCCGGUAAUCGCAAGUCGAACGACAUGGUGCGGUGGUACGCUUUGGUUCUGGUACUGCUAGGUGCGGCAGCCGUAAAUUGUGCACCCGGGUUUGACGACAGGGAAGAUUCAGUAGACAAUGUGCAGCCCUUAGGAGAAGUAGAAUUGCUAAUAGUGGAGCCGGUCCUCAGAGAAAGAAGAUCCCCUGGCGGAUACGGCGGGGGUAACAAGGGCGGCGGAGGCGGUCUCGGAGGCGGUGGCGGUUUCGGGGGUGGUUUCGGCGGCGGCGGCGGAGGCGGUGGAGGUUUUGGAGGCGGCGGCGGCUUCGGCGGCGGUUUGGGAGGCGGCGGAGGAGGUGGUCUAGGAGGCGGUGGAGGCGGCGGUCUAGGCGGCGGCGGCGGAAAGUCCAUCGGUGGCGGUGGAUAUCCCGGAGGUGGCGGCGGACACUCGGGCGGAGGCGGUGGUCAUCACAGAGGCGGAGGUGGUGGUUAUCCGGGAGGCGGCGGUGGCUGCAGUUCGUGCGGCGGAGGCGCUGGGGGCGGCGGUUAUGCCAAGGCGUCUUCUUCGGCGUCGGCCAAAGCGGGAGGAUAUGGAAAAUAAUGCACUGCGGAUAGAAUUGGCGUAGAAAUCAGCAGGAUAUUCUUGUUGAGCUACCGCCAACCGGCUAGGCAUGAACCGAUACCUACGAGAAACCUCAAUAUUGUAAUGUAAAUAAAGUCCAAAUAAACUCUUUUUUGUCAA